AUGAGCCGAAGGCUAGGAACAUGCAACAUCAAAAAGGGCGACGAAAUGUACGCCAACGAAGAGCUUAGAUGGAAGGAAAUGGUGGGUUGUCAGUGCCAACCUCGGAUUAAGAACAAAUUAACCGUUUGCGGCUGUCGGAAGAAGGCAAGUCGGACACUCUGCAUCAACGGAAACAUUAAACAAACACUUGAGGUCACGACGAACCUGAUAGUCGGAAAGGGAAAUUCCUCCUGUGUUUCGAAGUCCAAGGUCAGUUCACGCUUGUACCUCAUGAUAUGUAUCUUCUGUCUGUGA